AAGAGACAGAAGCGCAAAAAAGCCUGCAAGUCGAAAAAGGAGAAGGGCGAGCGGAGGAGCGGAGCAGACCCGGCGAUAUGCUGCGAGGCGGCGCCGGAUCGCGAGCUGCUGCGGCGGCGAAGCCUCCUCGCCGCCCGCCCGUCCCGUCGCGCCGAGCGCGAGGGGCGGCCGCCGCUCGGGAAAGCUCCAAGGACGGCGGAGGCGCCGCGUCGGUGCUGGAGGAUCCGGUGGUGUCUUCCGUGGAGGAAUCCUCUUUCACUUUUGAGUUCAAGAGAGGGCCCAAACGGGCGAGGAAGGGUAUGCCACCGGCCGAAACGCACGGAGGGAAAGAGAACUGGGGGGAGGGAUUCACUGCAAAGACACACGUGGUGAAGGAGGCACCAAAAGAGGUUGAGUUCACUCAUUGUGCGCCUGGUAUUGUCGCGAGGCUGAUGGGUCUUGACACUGUGCCGAGGUCCAAGAAAGUUCUUGAUCGGUGCCAGAGCGACAUCCAGAGCAAUAUGCGGCAGAAAUUAUCCGGAGGUGUUCAAGAAGUGGCUCGUGCUUCAUGUGAUGAUCGGCCAUGUCGGAGCAGUGCUGAUGAGCUGCCAGAACUGAAGGAUGUUUUUGAGGUGACUGAGAUGGAGAACAUGGCGAUGCGCAAGGCGUUGCAGUCAGGGAAUGAGAAGCCGCGCCUGAGAAGCGACAAUGCUGAUCUGGAAUUCGUGAGGCAGAAGUUCUUGGAUGCAAAGCGCCUUUCCACCGACGAAGGCCACAGGAGUUCUAAGGAGUUCAGUGAAGCACUUGAGAUACUGUACUCCAAAAAGGAUGUUUUCCUUGAAAUCCUUCAGGAGAACAGUACUGCUUUGUCAGGAUUUCCUGGGCACAUCCUUGGUUACAGUGGUUCUCAGUGCGAUCCCCAUGCAAGUAACGGUGCUGGCUUACAAUUGUUUGAGCAAGACAACCUUCACAGCAUGGAAGUUGAGUCUGAAUCGGAUAAUUUGGCACCAAAGGGACGGAAGAGUUCGGGGCGUUCCUCACAAAUUGUUGUCCUGAAACCAAACCUUCAGAGGACAAGUGCGACACCUGUUUCUUCAAGCGACGAAACAUUGCAGUUUGGUCAGUGGCCUGGUACACAGUUUCUGAAGCCAUCACGCCGUAGUAUGUACAAGCAAGAUAGCAUGCAUUCCACGGCACCUAACAGUUUUCAAGUUCUAGAAUCAGCAGGAGAUACACCUGAACUGAAGGUUAUAAAACAAACCCCUAAAAGAUGUAGCAGAAGGAAACCAUCCGGGGUGGAACGCUACCUCGCAGUUGGCUGUCAAAGGGAAAAGGUGGCUUUAACUUCUCAUGAUGAGACCCUGCCAGUUUCUUCAUCUGCGCAUCCUGCUGGAUCAUCAGUGAGCAGGAAGGCCAGAAAGCACCUCUCUGAAAGAUGGCAAAUGGCCUGCCAAUCCAGUGCGGAAAAUUCAGUUCCUACAGAUACAAGAACACUAGGUGAAAUGCUUGAACUGACUGAUAGAGAUACAGCAAAAGUAACCACCCAGAAGAGUUUGCCAGAUCAGCAUGUCAAGCGCAAUAAUGCACAAGAGAUCCCAGCCAGCCCUCUUGGUAUUAGCAGUAAAGAUGGUUGGAAGGCAGGGAUUUAUUGUGAAGAUGAUUCAAGAGGUGGCACAUCAAGGAAUUUUCCCAGGUCCAAGUCUCUCCCAGCCUCAUCUACCCCUGUUACAAAAUUACAGGGCAGGAGGCGUUCUGCACCAUCUCCUAACUUGCCCAUUCUGAAAGAUAUAUUGAAUGCACCAACUGAUGAAUCUGGGAAUGCACAUGUUAGGAAGAGAUCAUCAAUCAGAAAAGCUAAGCCAAAAAAUGGACGAGUUAUCUUUCAUGCAGGGAAGGAAAAUAUGCUACCCGAGAAAGAGAUUUAUGUCACUUCAGAGCAAACAAGACACAGUGUCUGCAUUUCUGAUCUUCCCCGGACAAUCAACAUAUAUAAUAAUGAUCAUGCUAGUGUUGUUAUCAGUACUGAGGAUAACAAAUCAAUUGAUUCAGCUAUUCCACAUGAUGAUGUUCAAAAUUUCCAAGUUCGGAUAGGGUGCACGGAGCAGAAACUAGCAGAAUCAUUCCCAGAGUUAGAAGAAGUAAAUCCAAUAACAAUUCAUAAUCAUGACAAUACAGCACUGAAGGAGGGGGAAAGCCAAUCACUGGAGAGUUACAUUGCAGAAGUUGAUCACCAAGCAGUAAAUUCGGCACAUACUGCAAGUCCUGUAUGCUCGCAGUGCUCAAGUCCAACCGCUUCAUUGCAACAAGAUUCUGGAGAAGAGACAGCUUAUUCUGGAAUCUUUAAAAGCAUCAAUUUCGGUAUUCAAGAACUUAGAGCGCAGCUUAAGAUGUUGAAGAUGAAUGACCAAGCUGAUACGUGCAGAGAUUAUCCGGACACAUUUUUGAGCGAGGAGUGCAAUGAUACAGACAUUUCAGAUUACCAGGUGAAGGAAGAGCAUCUGCCUAUCUUUAAGGAUGAGGAGGACAGGGACUACUCCUAUGUCCAGGACAUGAUUGGCACUGCGUGUGACUCUCCAGUCUACCCAGAAGAGUGGCAAUUCAGCUCAAGUGUGUUCCUAUGGCUGGAAAACAAGUACAGCAAGCUGCUCCUGUGGUCGAGAUCGGACAGGAAGCUGCUGUUUGAUCUUGUUAACUCUAUCUUGGCUGACAUGUCUGCUGCAGGCAGCAGCAGCAGCUUGCAUUCAAAGAUGAUGAACUGCUGGCCUGAAUUGGAUCAGAGAAAGUUAGCUGAAAACAUCUGGCAAGCGGUGCUACUCGUGAGAAGGAGCUACCAGCCAUUUGAUCUGGACAGUGUCCAACCUCUGUCGCUGGACCAUUGCUCUGAAAUCGAAGUGUUCGGAGCAGAGAUCGUCGAAACGAUCUAUGGAGAUGUUCUACAAGAGUUCAUGGCCGAACUCAUGGCGCAAUACGGUGCAGUGUUUCUUUUAUGAGCGCAAAUAUCUGAGUGUGUAGUGGUUGAGAUAUCUGAUCAUGUAGAUAUAGCCUACUGCAAACCACUGGUUUGCAACAUGUAAUAUUCUGGAGGGGAGAGGGGACUCCAUUUGAUUGCUCUGUAGUCUGGACAUGUAUGCAUGGAGCCUUGUAUCUAUUUAGCACUAGAACAUAUGGAACUACCUGUAUGUGGGUGAAUAGACUUCUCCUAGUUGUUGCAUUGCCUCCUUUUUACCAUGAAA